UUCUCCCCUUUCUCUUAGUUAAGCACUUUAGAAGGAUGGGAAAACACCCCAGAGUUAAAAAGAAUGGAUAGAAAAAGAAAAAAGCACACAAGGAAGAAGGUUGGAUACAUUCAUCAUGGUAUUCUGGAGAUCUGAAUAUUACACACCUGCAGCUCCUGGUAACUGCUUAUGUAGUCAACAAUUUUGGUUUGCUGUGAUUUACAAGAGUCCAGGAGAGGGUCCAGUUGUCCUUUGAAAAACAAAAACAAAACCAGGAAUAUGUAUGAAGUCUCUGGGAUAUUGGAUCCUUUUUCAUGGUGGACACUCAGCUCCUUCACACCUACAUUCCAGGUAGAACAGAGAUAGCAAGCCGUGAUGAUGGAGAAAGAAUAUUCUCAUUCCUCCCGUGGGAUUCAGAGGUGUAUUCCAACUCUAGGAGCCUCGUCCAAUCCCAGCCGCAUCCCAGGCCGUUCAACUCAUUCUGUUGGAAGUGGAAAACUGGCAGCUGUUAACCCCAUCUUGAAGCAGGACACCUGCCUCAACUCCUUCAUGCAGGACUCCAUGAAACGGACCUCCUUAGGAAAGGGCCAAGGGAUACCCAAACUUAAUUCCCGGCUUGGUCCCCCCAAACCACCCCGAAGCCAUGAAGUCCUCACAUCAUGCCUUCCUCACCCAACAUCACAGUCCCCUCAGUGGGCCACAGCCAAUGGUUUGGAACCACGGAAACUAAGUUCUCUCUCAUUUACGCUUCACCAGAGCAGCAGCACCCCUCCACCUGGCCGACAACUCCUCCUACACUAUAUGGCAAAGAGAGAACUCAAGAAGGUUCCCCUUAGAAAGGAAGCAAGGCGAGGGGAGUCACGUUUACCAAGCCCCCAGUCACCAUCUGGAUUACAAACCUUGCCCCCAAUUGCGGAUGAGAGCUCUACGGAUUUGCUCACUGCCUGCUGCCAUGAAGGUGAAAAUCAUGUUACAGAAAUACCAGGUCCCCAGAAAAAUGUGGCUCCCUCUAGUCCACCAUCAUUAUCCCCUCAGUCAUCUCCUGAAACCAUACCAAAAAAUCCCACUAUUUCAGUUCCAAAGAAGGAAACUGUUCAAGAGGAACCUGCUUCUGAGGGAAGAUGUGAUGUUCCAAACAACACAGAUGCUGGAUCUGGAAAGGUGUUACUUCUCUUUCCUCAGGAGUGCCUCGAGGAUGAAGCUGUGGGGGCCAACCUCAUCUCUGAAGAGUCCACCUCUCCUCCUGAGACAAACCUAGAUGGGUUUGAAUGCUCAGCAGAAACCAAGCCUGAAGCAGCCAUGUCUGAAGUGGUGCCAGAGCCCAGGCCAAAGCCAGUGGUGCCAAUGAAACCUGUUGGCAUUAAUUCUAACCUGCUAGGCUACAUUGGAAUCGACACCAUCAUAGAGCAAAUGCGCAAGAAGACCAUGAAAACUGGAUUUGACUUCAACAUUAUGGUUGUAGGACAAAGUGGGCUGGGAAAAUCAACACUUGUGAACACCUUAUUCAAAUCCCAAGUGAGUCGCAAGUCAUCAGGCUGGAACCGGGAGGAGAAGAUCCCCAAGACAGUAGAAAUCAAAGCGAUUGGGCAUGUUAUUGAAGAAGGUGGUGUCAAAAUGAAGUUGACAGUUAUUGAUACCCCUGGAUUUGGUGACCAGAUCAACAAUGAAAACUGCUGGGAACCCAUAGAGAAAUAUAUCAAUGAGCAAUAUGAGAAAUUCCUGAAGGAAGAGGUGAAUAUUGCAAGAAAGAAACGAAUCCCAGACACAAGAGUUCACUGUUGCCUCUACUUUAUCUCUCCUACAGGUCACUCCUUGCGACCUUUAGAUAUGGAAUUCAUGAAACAUCUGAGCAAAGUAGUCAACAUCAUCCCAGUUAUUGCCAAGGCAGAUACCAUGACCCUGGAAGAGAAGAUAGAGUUUAAACAGAGGGUCCGCAAGGAAUUAGAAGUCAAUGGAAUUGAAUUUUAUCCCCAGAAAGAGUUUGAUGAAGACCUUGAAGAUAAGACAGAAAAUGACAAAAUCAGAGAAAGUAUGCCAUUUGCAGUGGUAGGCAGUGACAAGGAGUAUCAAGUGAAUGGGAAAAGAGUCCUCGGCAGGAAGACACCUUGGGGAGUUAUUGAAGUGGAGAAUCUCAACCACUGUGAAUUUGCUCUACUCCGAGACUUUGUCAUUAGGACCCACCUUCAGGAUUUAAAAGAAGUAACACACAACAUCCACUAUGAGACUUACAGGGCUAAACGACUGAAUGACAAUGGAGGACUCCCUCCAGUGACCGUAGAAACAGAAGAAAAUCAUGAAAGUAACCUGUGAAUGAUCCAUCCUGUUGUCUGCUGUCUUGGAAUCAUAUCCACUAUUUCCCCAUCCCUUUAUUUGAAUUCAGGCCUCUCUUAGAAGCAUGUGGAAUACCCUUUGUGUGUGCAUAAGGGGGAAGAAUGUGGGAUGUGGCCCUCCACUUUCUCCAAACGUCCCCAUUUUGUUCUAUUAUUAUUAUUAUUAUUAUUAUUAUUAUUAUUAUUAUUAUUAUUCAAAUUUUGUAUUUUGCACAGCAGACUCUAGUCUUCCUUUGUAUUCCAGUAUUCAGUUGUGCAUCCUGAUUGUGGGAAAUGUUUGGGGUAUUUUGGAAGUGGUAAAAUCUCUGGGGCAUGUGAAAUGCCUCCAAAGAGGAGGGAAAAAAUGAGAUCAGUGAGGGGUGUUGUAAGCACUAUGGGGGAAACAGAAAGCCAUACUUUGGAUGCAAGUGUCACUGGUUUGGAAGAGAUUGGGUUGCUUUGCACUGUGAUAGUUGGUUUGUGUCAUAGAUUCACUUCUCAACAUAGAAGAAGGAAAAAUAGAUUUUAGACUGGCAUUUAAGCACUGUUUGUGUGGUAGUAAGUGCCAGUGAAAUCAAUGCGGGGAUUUGUUGCCAGGUAAAUGUGUUUAAUUAGAAAUAAUGUUCCAGUGUGGAAAGAUGGAUUUGGGUUUCUUUGUUUUCUGUCAAAAGACUGAUUGGAGACAAACCUGUAGAGAAAGAAAAAAGUUGACAUUUGAUCUGUAAGUAAUAGUUUUCUUGGUGUAGAAAAAAAGUAUUUUGCAGAAAAAAACAUUUCAGACUGUGGUGCAAACAAUUUUUGUUAGGUAGAAAGAUCACCUUUAAGUCAUCAUUAUUGUCCGAUCUCUUGGUUCUGCUAUUAGAACUGCCCUAAGAGUGCUUUAUAGAGUUACCCUAAGAAUGCUUUAAAUAAAGAUACAUCACUCUGACAGUCCUUUUUGGAUUGUCGCAGCAGGUAGAAACAUGACAAAUAGGACAUGUUCCAAUUGUGCCUUUCUCCCUCUGACUCAUUGACUAUGAGGAGAUAGAUUUCUGCUAAGCAGAGAACACCGUGGGAUUGACAUAUUACCCAAGAGGUCCCUACAUAUUAUACAGGGAGAGGUCAAACAGCAUGAAGAGGCUACUGAGGACACAAUAUAGCAUUCUUAUUCUGACUUUACUCAUGAUAGACUUUGCCCAAGUAGUCUACCCAUGGGAUUGCUGACUUACUGCCAGUGACAGAAUAUAUCUUCUGAUAUCUUCUGUGUUUCAGAGAAUCCUAAUCCCAAGCUUUUUUUAAAAAGUAAGAGCAAGUGCCUAGCUUCUGUGGCUCUGGAGAUAAGUCUGAAGAUGUUUGGACAUCUGUGCGAAGCUUGGGAAGCAGUUGUGGUUUUCUAAUGUCACAAGGACAUCACUGCCUUGGGCAAGCCCUGAAUGGUCUCUGUUCCACUCUGCCUUUCCACAUUACACUCUAGGAAGUGAUCAUGAUACUUUCUGGGGUGUCAGAAACACUGAGCAAUAUUGAUCAUCCUUUCAAAGAAGAAACCACCCUUUCUCAUUUUCAGACAUUUAUACAUCUUUUCUCAACAACAGGUUUAUUCAUUGGGCAAGCUGAGAUAGCUGCCUAAGAGAUAGCUGCCCAACACAAAAUGAGGCUGCUCACCAUUUCUGGGAGAAUCCUCACCACUUCCUUCUCCCUGCUCUUACUGCCUCACCUGAUUCCUUCUUCCAUCUCCUUUGCUUCACUUGACACUGCCAUGCCUCCUCUCCUGCAUCCUGCCUUUUGCUUUCUAAUCCAUCUUCUACUACUUCCUCUUCCCUUACCUAACUUCAAGCCACAGCCUGCAUGCUUUCCAUAAAAUGGCUAAUGUGUCAGAUGAGGAGCAAGGGAAAAGGGAAAACAUGAAGGGAGGAAGAUGAUAACAGCAAGCAAAGGUAAACCAGAAUGAGUGCUAGAAAGAACCCAAGGACUUGAAAUGGCAGAAGGCUACAACAGGGUAUACCUACACUUCAAUGUAAUAUUCAGCAUGCAGCAAAAAGUAGGUUUGUUUUUUUGGAAUCCCUACCCCAAACACAUAUUUUAGAGCUGUGGUUGGUUGAAUCCAUGGAUGAAGAACCCAUGGAUAUAGAGAACUGGCUAGUCUUUUUUUCCCAAAACAAAAUAUGGCCACCUUUUGGUGUUUUCUAAAUCUCCUUGAAAAAGCUAAGGCAACAGGUGCUCUGAGGCCCUUCCAAGGAGAUUUUCUACUCUAGGGAUCCAGAUCUGUUCAAAUUGAUGCCCACAUACCAGAUAUACUGUACAUGCUUUUGCAUAUAUACACAAAAACAUAAGAAAAGCCAACCUAGAUCAGACCAAAGACUCGAGAACCCUGUCCACACAGGGAUCAACCAGUUGCAUACAGGAAUCACACAAACAGGGCAUGAAAGCAAUUCUGUCUAUCUGCUCAUGUUUCACUGCAGCUGAUACUAUCUGCCUUUGAAGCCAUCCAAUAUGAAUUUUAAAAGCUAUCCAAGUUCGUAUCCCUUAACUGCACAUUGUGGUUACACAUUCCACAAUUUAAUUAUUUGCUGUGUUGGUAAAUUCUACAAUUUAAUUAUUUCUAGCUCUACAAUAUGUUUUCAGCACAGUUACUAGAAGUAUACACAGCAUUUAUAGUAUGGCCACACUUUGGAUUUGUAUAAAGGAUACAUAGUAUUGGCAAUUUUAUUUUUGAUUUCUAAUUAUGCCCAUCAUGAAAUCUGGCCCUUUUUGGUGGGAGAAGGGGACUCACUUGCACUAUACACUGGCUCCAUAUUUUAAUCUAAUUAUUUUGGUAUUUCUUUUACCAGUUUGGAGAAAUAAGUUCAGUGCUCUACCAGUUAGAAUACUGUUCAAUACUUAAUAGUUGGACAAACUUACAAUCUGGUAACUUUGGGGAUGUAAAUUUAUGAUUGUCAGUGACCAGAUAUGGCCUCCAAAACCUCCUUGAGCCAGACAGCUGAAGACUUAUGAGGCACUGCAGAUCAGGAUGUUGGGAAAUAACAAUCACAGUGCAUUUCUGGCUACAAAGCAUUUUGAGACAGGCAGCUGUGGUAGAACCCCAGGGGUCUCUCCAGCUCCCUGUCUCAAUGCAGUUUGCAAUCAGGAGAACAAUGCAUAGUUGGUAUUUCCCAGCACCCUGAUCUGCAGCACCUUGGAAACCCAUUAACAGGGGGGUUUGCCCUGAUUGAAAAGCUAAGUAUUUUGACAGAUGGCAUUGACAGUUAUGACAACAAAGCACUGUCAUUGUAGCUUACAUCUGAUGAUGCAGGAGCCUGGUUCAGCUUAAAUCAAUUGGCGUCAUCAGCAAACUUGGCCACCUCACUGCUCACCUGUCAUUGAUCAUUUAUGAGCAAAUUAAAAAGCAUCAGGCCUAAUACUAACCCAUGAAAAACCACACUGUAUACAUCUCUACAUUUUGAGAAAUGAUCCCUUCUCUGCUUUCUAGGGUUCAACAAGUUAACAAUCCAUACAAGCAGUCCUAUUCCAUGGUUGCUAAGUAUGAUCAAGGGUCUUUGAUGAGGGGCAUUAUCAAAAGAAUUCCAGAUGCCUAAGUAAAUAAUAUUGACCAAAUCAACCCUCACCACUUGUUUAUUAAUACUCUCAUAUAGCUCUGAAAUAUUAGAGAGACACAACCUAUCUUUGCAGGAACCAUGUUUAUGGAUUUCCGAUGGGUUUGUUAUUCUAUGUUUAACUGGUGCAAGCAAUUCAUGAAAUGAGACUUUUCUUCUUUAGAUAACUAUUCUCCAUUGCUUAAAGAAAACCCAUCUACAGCAGGAAUGAAAAAAGUAUCACCCUUUAGAUGUUGACAGACUACAAUUCCCAUUAUCCCUCCCUACUAGCUGUGUUGGCCAUGGGUAAUGGCAAUCUAGCAAAAUCUUGAGACCCAUUUGUUCCUUACCCCUGGUACAAGGUGUUUGCAAAUGGAGAGCUCCUAGUGUUGCCAAUCAAAACAUACUAUGUAACUGUUUUGUCUUUUCCUCUUUGGAAAAAGGUGGAAUAAAUGUUUAUAAAAUAUGUUACAGGAUGGGAAAUGAUGAUGUCUGGAUCCCCUAUAAAAUUUUGUGAAUGGGUUAGGAUAAUUGUGGAAUAAAAGCCCCAUCUGGAACCACCCACUAUACUUAUGCCACUUCCACAUUUGUUUCCAUUUUGACUUAACUGUUUGCUAACAGAUAAUAUUCAACAGAAACAUUCUUAAUUUAUAAUAUGUAGACUUAUUGGUUUCAAAUUCAAUCCAUGGAUCCUAGGAUUUUGAAAAAAGAGUCUUACUCAUCCUUGUGAUCUGCCUUAAAAAAAACAGAUUACUGAGACAGGCUUUUUAAUUUUUUAAUGUAUUUCUAUUCUACCUUAUUUCUUUAUCUAUCUAGCUUAGCCAUUGAGAGGCCAGUGAGAUCAGCAGGUUAUGAAUAUGCUUAAUCAAACAUAAUUUAUGCCAUGAAUGAAAUGAGUUUGUUGAUCUUAAUCUGGCCAAGAUGAUUUUUGUUAAACUGUAUAAUUUUUAACUUCACAGAAUUUCAAGAGUGAGAUCUAAUUUCAUGACAUAUCUGAAGAAGAUUUGUAAAGCCAUAAUGGUCAUCUAUUAUUGUAAUAGCUGCAGGAAAUGUAUGUUAUUACUAUAGUAUUCUUUAUGAUAAGGAUUAGCGCUGUAACAUAGUAAUUAGAAGCAUUGCAAUUUUAUUUUAAAAUGUUGAAACAGCGUAGUUCUCUACAUGUCUUCUCAGAGGUGAAUUCCACUGAGUGGCUUGCUCUAAAAUAAGUGUGUAAAGGUUGGCAGCCUAAAUGUUCCAAUGUAACAACAAAAGCAUUGGCAUAUACUGUAGCUUGGGGAUUGGAAAAAUAGUCAGCCCUAAAUGUUCCAAUGCAACAGCAAAAGCAUUGGCAUAUACCUUGGGGAUUGGAAAGAUAGUCAGAAACUCAGGAUAACUGUGUACAUCAGAAGAGGCUAUCAGAUAUUCUUGAGAUAUCUUUUUUAGGAGUCUCUUCAGUAUCAUGUUGGUCUUCCCAUAUACAUCAGCAUCACUUGGCAAAGCAGGACAUUUCUGGAAGGUCUGCUUCUAUAUCUGCUCUUGCAUGCUUUGUUGGACUCAAAGUGAAGGAAAUGGACUUGAAGGAGUUAUACUAUCCUUCAACCGGCAUCAGCACUGUUUUGUGUAACAUGUGAGGAAAGCGUCUAGAAUGGUGCUCAAAUUGAGGCAUAUCAGCUGUUUCUUCAUCUACAUUCAAGCAAAAAGUUUUCUCCAAAAGCAAGGAAAAGUCUUUUUUUAAACAUUCUUUCCUGAAAAUGUUUCUUAUAUACCCAUCCUUUUGUUAGUAAUCGGGUGGCAAUGCUGUUUGUGGUCAUUUCAACCUCUGUCAACCAUCUGUCUCAAAUGUCCAUUAAUUUAAUGCAGUAAAAUAAGCCUUUUUGGUAGAAAAUAGUUCUAAGUAAAAGUAUUAACCUUUUCUAAGAUCUGCAAUUUUAGUUUAUGUUUAUGUUUUCCCUUUCCAUAUCUAUCAACCAAUUAAGAAUAUCAAGAACAAUCCACAGCUGAAAUUUUAUUUCCAAAAUAUGAUCCAGUCUGGACUAGUGCAAAAAGUUCAGUUGUCCUAUGGAGAGCACUAAACAUUGCUUAAAAUUAUGUUCAAAAUGAAUUUUAUGGGUUCUUCGUUGAGUAUUUUUUAAAAUAGAUUGAAGCUAAAACAUCAUAUAUGGAAGUGCCUAAAAUAGUAUCUGCACUGACUAGGAACAAAAUGAACCAAUUCUUUGUGUAAACUUACAAUCUAAAAAAAAAAGAGAGAGAGAGAGACAAAAGGAGAAGGGACUUGGAGGGGGAAAAGGAAAGCUUUGGACUAGCUAAACUACAUUAAAAGCCAAAACCAAAUGGAGUAAAACAAAACUAUGCAAUAAUUAACCCAAGAGUAGGAAAAAGCAUAAAAUAAGUUAAUUAAAACAUCAAGAAAGAAAUGAAAAAGUGAAUUUCUACAGAUUUCUUAAAGCAGAAUGGGGAAGGCAGAUGAACAUUGAAAAUAAUUUCAAUGCAUAAAUUAUGGCACAUUAAUUGCUAUUGUUUUAAUGUUAUUCAGUUACAAUUCUGCUCAGUUUUAUUGGAUCACUUUGUACAUUACAUUAAAAAAACAUGUAUGCUGCCUCAGAAGCACAACUGUACUCUGAAAGGUGUGAUUUUAAAAAAUGUCCCAAGACAAAGAAAUGAGAACACAAAGGGAAUGGAACUACAUGCAAUACAUGUUUAAUAGGUAAUCAAAAUAUGUUUCCCCUCCUGAGGGCUGCAAUCCCUCCCAGUAAUUUUUAAAUGUAAUUUUUUUCUAGUCCUAAAAGGUUCCAGGAAGGGCAAUUUUACUUGAAAUUGGAGUGUGGGUCUCCCAAAAGCAAUGUCAAAGUAAAAAAAAAAAAAUUAAAGAGGGGGAAACCUUUGACCACUAUUUCAUUUUUGGGACUGCUGUGGAUGCCAUCAGAUAUUAAAGUAGAUUUGGGAGAGUAUUGGUUCCUAUUGUUACACCUCUAUUUUAGGGUUUAAUGAAGGAAAAAAGAUCUAAACAGCAGGUGAAAUAUCUCCUGAGAAUUAUCUUGUAAUUUUUUUACCAAUUUUGCCUAAAGCAAAGAUUACAAGGAAUUUGAAAUCAUAAAGUGAUGGAUUUGAAGAACUUCAAGUGAAGCCAUAAACAUUCCAAUAAAGCUUGUGUAAUAUUUGUGGGGGUGUCACAUAUACCUUGUCACCGCACUAUGAGCCACUCAAAUCCAGAUGUGGAUUGGCAAUAUUCUCCAAGUUACUAUUGAACAUUAUGGGGUACUUUGUAUUAUUUUUUAUUAUUUGUAAUAAUGAAGAAACUGCCAUACUCUGAGAACUGUUCCCAUAGAAUAAAUUAAAGUAGGGUGGACUUGGCAGCUGGAACUUGAGCCAUGCCUACAGUCAUAUGGCAACAAGUUGAAUUUUACUAAGGCUUUGAAUGCCUUCAAUGUCUAACCAUUUAAAUUUUUUAAAUGUCAAGUAUGGUGUGUUUAAAAUCAUAAUUGUGAAUCCAGUUCAUUUGAUGGUGACAUUUACUAACAAUAAAUAACGCAAAAUACACCAGGCAGUGAUGCUGUUAUCCAGUGAAGGUGUGGUGUACUUCAGACCAGACAUGGAAAAAAAAAACUAUUUUCUUGCUCAUGUAAACUCUUGCAAGUGUAGGGCUAUGUUUUACUUUGGGGGCAAUAGAUUUCAAGCCUCUGGAAGUAAAUCUGGUCUGUGUAUAUCGAGAGAGUUUUAAUUUUGAACAAUUUUUGCUUGUUUCACGCUAAAGAAAUAACAUCCUCUUGGGUUUUUUUUUUACUUCCAGCACAGAUUAGAUUUAAAAUCCGAUCUUCAUGCUGAACUGAGCAGAUCCAUUUACUUUAAGAGACUUUCUCAUCUACUUACUAGCCUAUCUACUUGUAUAAUAUAAUAAAUGCUGAUUGCAAUCGGGAAAGCAAAGGUCUGCAUGCACUCCAUGUCAGUGUGGAUCUUUUAUCUUUUUGGAUUGAAUUGCGAGAGUAUCAGGUGUUCAUGUUCUUUGGCAGCAGUCUGCAACUGAUAUUAUAAAACUGUUAUUUUAAUUCUUUCAAAAUUCCCCUAAUUCAAAUUACAUUUGGAGCACACUUAGUGCUUCUAUAGCAUUCUGCUCACUACUGGUAUGAUAAUUAUUGAAAUUAUUGAAAUUGUAUUAAGGAAAUAUCUCAUAGCAAUAUAUUGGCUUUCCUCUUGUAUGUUUUUAUUCUGUGAUGUUUUAUAUGGAUCUGUAUUAUAAUACUAGGUCAUAAAAGAGAAACAGGCACGCACAAAAAGACAAUAGACUCUACUGUGGCCUCUGCAAAUCCCACAUUGCAAUUGUGUAUACUGAGAUAUACCUUGAUCGUUUUAGUAUUGUAAUUAAGAUGCAUUUGGAAGCAAGUUAAUGGAAGAUUGGGCAGCAAGUUUCUGUUUUCUGGCAGAGAAAAAAACAAAAGCAUGAACAAGGUCUAGAUCCUCUUAAUACCUCUAUCCUAUGAAAGUGUCAUGAUGAAGUCCUCUGUUCAUCUGUCCAGCCCUUGUUGAGAAAAUGACAAAAAACAAAACAUACCAGAGAUGUAAAUGUUGCUAGACUUAACUUUCUGUAUUCUGUUGUCUGAUUAAAAUGAAGUUAUUUGAA